CCCAGUAGAUCUCACCAAAAUGCCAUCUCAGAUGGAGCACGCCAUGGAAACCAUGAUGUUCACAUUUCACAAAUUUGCCGGGGAUAAAGGCUACUUAACAAAGGAGGACCUCAGAGUGCUCAUGGAGAAGGAGUUCCAGGGAUUUUUGGAAAAUCAAAAAGACCCUCUGGCCUUAGACAAAAUAAUGAAGGACCUGGACCAGUGCCGAGAUGGCAAAGUGGGCUCCCACAGCUUCUUUUCCCUGAUUGCGGGCCUCACCAUCGCGUGCAAUGACUAUUUUGUAGUACACAUGAAGCAGAAGGGAAAGAAGCAGGCAGCACCGAGCAAUUACUAUGCCCUGAAAAGUGUUCUCUCAAAGCAUUGCUUCAAACAUCUGCCCCACAGCUUCUCCCUAUAG